CGAUCCGUGUGCGUCCCAGUAUUCGUGUUCGGCUCACAAGCUUCGCGAACGUCGUCAAGGUGAAAUCGUCUUGAGUCACUUGAACGAGCAGUGGGAUACUUAACAUCAGCGUUGCGAGCCGAGGGUGAAAAUGAUACGUCGUGCAGAUUACACUAAGGGGUUACUCGUACUAUUUUUCUUCGCAGGGUGUGUAUUCAAUACAGCGUACAGUAUACCUUCUUUGACGCUGACGCCGACGCCGACACCGACGUCGACAAAAGUGGAUGAACAGCUAUACACGACGCGUCGAACACCAAAGGUUGUCAUCGAGUUGCCCGUUUCGAAGUCCAGGCUUCUUUUGCCGGCGGUGAAUUUCAAGCUAAAAAGCACUACCGUACCAAUUAUCCGCACUACGAUGACAUCGGAGUUAUUGUCGACGACGCACAGAUCGUUCUCCACGGAGGAACCACUUUACCGUUUGGACGGCAGCAACGGACAAGCGUGUAUCCUACUGCAAGUGGAUGCUUUGAUUACAGUGAAAUAUCGAACGAAGGUUGGGGAGGAACAGGAGGCGAACAUUUACGUCCCGAACGAUGCAACCGUAACUGGGAAUUGCGAUAACGAAAACACAGUGACGAUGUCCCUAAAGUGGCGGGCCUUCGUGUUAUCGUGGAGCUUCGCAAAGACACCCGGCGGCGAACGAUGGUACGUCGAAAAGAUCGAAUUGACGUACAACUCCAGUGAUCGACAUUUCGAGCAUACCGAUCAACCGAAUAAAACGAUUCGAGUGAGUACCGGACAAAGGCACAGCUCCAUGCUGUUCCCGACACCAGUUGGAAAAUCGUAUUCAUGCGACGUCAAAGAAAUCUCUCUGACUGAUGGCAAGAAUAAUGCUAUCUUAUCCCUCAGAGACAUGAAACUGCAACCGUUCAAGUUUAAGAAUAAUGAGUUCGCGGCGGAAUUCUCGUGCACGUCGCUCAGCGCUCGCGGAUUUCGUGACGAAACGGCGCCUGUGGCGGUCGGCUCGACGCUCGCAGCAGCCACUCUCCUUACUAUCACCGGCUACGCGGCCUAUCGCUACUUCAAGGUGAAGAAGGUUAAGUACGAUACCAUGGAAUAAAUGUAUAUUAGCUACCCGGAAACGCUGCCUAGGACGAUGCCAAAAAAUCGCGCGACGACGCACCGACGAGUCCCCCAAAAGCCAAAGAGAAGCAAAUUUUAGAGAACGACCAAACUUUUUCUACGAGACGCCCUUGUCCGUGGUCCGCGUGAUCAUGGUCGUCGUUGUUGUUUUCGUCUCGACGGAUAGAAUAUAUUUUAUGAUUAGUAGACUGCGGGUUUUUAUACAAAACAGAACGUUUACAGUAUCGGCAUAAAACA